UUGUCUGAGUGUGUUGACACUGCGUCUGCUGCUUGGAGACGGCUCCAAGUGGCUUGGUUCGCGGGAAGCGCGCCGGGAUAAUUACAGGUUGUGGUUGGCCAUCUGACGGACGUCAGGUGUUCUUGGCUUGUGCGGCCGUUAAGCGUUUGUCUCGGCUGACAACACUUGUUGGCGUCUGAUCUCACCUCCCGUUCUUAACGGAAGCAGCAUGUACCACAGUGUACUCAAUUACUUCCGAAAUCUCAGCUGGAGUGAAGAUGAAGAGGAGAUAUUGUGUUAUACUCGGGAGCUCACCAUUGAGGAUUUUAAAGUCCUCACCCUCCUCGGCAAAGGCUCCUUUGCCUGUGUUUACCGGGCAAAAUCCAUCAAGACAGGUCUGGAGGUUGCCAUCAAAACGAUUGACAAGAAAAUGAUGCACAAAGCUGGGAUGGUCCAGCGUGUGACAAACGAGGUCGAGAUUCACUGCCGCUUAAAGCACCCUUCGAUACUCGAGCUGUACAAUUACUUUGAAGACAAGAACUACGUGUACCUGGUGUUGGAGAUGUGCCAUAACGGGGAGAUGGGGCGCUACCUGAAAGAGCGCAAGGUGCCCUUUUCUGAGGAGGAAGCGAGAAACUUCAUGCAUCAAAUCGUGAAAGGGAUGCUCUACUUGCACACGCACGGCAUCUUGCAUCGGGAUCUCACCUUGCCCAACCUGCUGCUCACCAGCAACAUGAACAUUAAGAUCGCAGACUUCGGCCUGGCCACCCAGCUCAAGCUCCCCAACGAGAAACACUUCACCAUGUGCGGGACACCCAACUACAUCUCCCCCGAGGUGGCCACCCGCAGCGCUCACGGCCUGGAGUCGGACGUCUGGUCCCUGGGCUGCAUGUUCUUCGCCUUCCUGAUGGGCCGCCCCCCGUUUGACACGGACACGGUCAAGCACACGCUCUCCAAGGUGGUACUGGGGGAUUACGAGAUGCCCGACCACAUUUCUCCACAAGCCAAGGAUCUGAUCCAUCAGCUACUGCAAAGGGAUCCCGCCCAUCGGCCCAGCCUGUCCGCCGUGCUGGACCAUCCUUUUAUGACCCGGAGCCAGCCAGGCAGGACCAAGGAGCUGGGCCCGGGUGACGACAUCUCCAUGGACAGCGGGAUCGCCACCACCUUCACGGGCUGCGCCUCUUCCACGUCGGGCAGCGGCGGGAGCCGCCUCCAGAGGAGGACGAGGCACGUCGUUGGCUUGGCCCUGCCCAACCGCAUGGCGGCCGUGCCCAGUCACCCGCUCCAACCCAGUCGGGCCUGUUUUGAGGACACAGACCAGUGGCGGCGGCAGCAGCAUCCACCGGACAGGUUUUACCACGAUGGAAGGGGCAGGCCGCCUCACGGGGGAGGGAGUGACAACCCCCACUACCUACGUCGAGCUCACUCCUCCGAUCGCUUCGGCUCCUCCGGACCACUCCAUGGGCCCGAUCAAGCCGAGCAAGGUCGGUGUUACUCAGAAGAAUCGCUGCCAGUUAUCGGAAGAGCACCUUUUCCCUCGUCCUCGACUCCUCAUCCAUUCUCGGAACAUGGGCAGUUUCCUUCACCUCCUGUCAAGCAGUCUUCAAACUCGGAGUACUUGUUCUCCACUCACACGGCACAUCCACCAAACCUUCAAUAUCAAGACAUGGAGGGAGGAGUCACUAACUGGCUCAACAAUGAUGGAUGUGGUCUGAGGCCCCUCGACAGAAGCGCUCACAGCAGCGGCGGCAGUUUCCACAGCGACAGAGGACACGGCUCUUGGACGGAAAAGCCCGUAAACCGGUCCGCCGACCCCCACCGUGGCCUGCAUUGCCCCCACCCCUCCGGCUUGGACGUCUACCAGAGAGAGAAUAUACCUGGACCCCACCUCCAGCCUCCUCAUUGCUCGCCGUCCUUCUCCUCCUCCUCCUCCUCCUCCUCACAGCAGCCCUCAGCCAAAGCCGCCGUUGACAAGGAGAAGAAGACGCUGAGAGAUCUCGUCCCGCCUCUGUGCGCCUCCAGGCUGAAGCCCAUCAGACAGAAAACCAAAAACACUGUUGUGAGCAUCUUGGAUACGGGCGAGGUGUGCAUGGAGCUCUUAAAGUGCCAAAAUGGACAAGAGAGGGUCAAGGAAGUCCUUCGGAUUUCCUCUGACGGUUCAAUGGUGACGAUCUACCAGCCCAAUGGUGGCAAAGGCUUUCCUGUGCUGGACUGCCCGCCUGCGCCCCCUGAAGAUAUCCUCAUUUGCAGCUAUGACGAUCUUCCGGAAAAAUACUGGAAGAAGUACCAGUAUGCCUCCAAGUUUGUGCAGCUGGUCAAGUCCAAGACCCCCAAAGUGACCCUUUACACCAAGUAUGCAAAGGUCAUGUUGAUGGAGAACUCACCCAACGCUGACCUGGAGGUCUGCUUCUAUGAUGGGGCAAAGAGCCACAAGACGUCAGAGCUGUUGCGAGUCGUGGAGAAGAGCGGCAAGUCGUACACGGUGAAGGGCGAGGUGGGCCUGAGCGGCCUGAGCGCCGAGAGCCGCAUGUACGCCGAGCUGUCGGACGAGGGCCACCGCGUGUGUCUGUCGCUGGAGGCCGCCAUCGAGGUGGAGGAACGAAACACACAGAAAGGGCCCUUCUUCCCCAUCAUCAUUGGAAGGAGGCCCGUCAUCCCCGACUCUCCAAUCUUGACAUCGCCUCCCUCGCAACCUGCUCCUCCCGAUCAUGUUUCGCCUCCUCGGCCUCCAAAAAUCACUCCUCCGAUGAUCUCCUACGACGGCUCUGAUUUCAACUCGCCCAGCCUGAGUAAAAAAAGCUCCCCCGCGUGUCAGGAAGAGCUGCAGAACACCAGCAAAGUGGUCAAGUCCAUUUUUGUGCCCAACGUGGGCUGGGCCUCGCAGCUGACGGGUGGCGAAGUGUGGGUGCAGUUCAACGAUGGCUCUCAGCUGGUGGUCCAGGCCGGAGUUUCCUGGAUCUUUUACACUUCUCCUGAGGGAUGCGUCACCAGGUACAAGGAGAACGAUAAACUUCCUGAGCAUGUCAAGGAGAAGCUGCACUGCCUCUCCACCAUCCUCGGCCUGUUGGCCAAACCGGCAGCUCGUCAUCCACAAGCACAUUAGCAUUUACUUCUUCACCUCCUUGUAAAUAUCUAUGUGUUUAUGUAUGUUAGAUGGCUUUCUUCUUCCCCCCCCCUUUUUUUAUUUUUACGUGUACAGAGGAAUAUGGAAAAUAUUUAAUUUUUAUCAAGUGAUUCUUUUGUAAAGCAGCGUUGUGUAGAAGCUGUCUACUAGCAGUACAAUGAAAUGUGGCAUUCAUCAAGCGGGGAGCCAAUAAAUGUCUGUAGGCUUGUUUUGUGA